AUGCUCCUGGUCAUGUGCAGCCGCAAGCAUCCGAUGUGGCUCCUGCAAAAUGGCGCCAAAUGUUCGUCGAGCGCCGGUGCAAUCGAGUCAAGUGCGCUCAGGAGCAACGGCGACAGCUUGCGCCAUGUGAUGUGGCCAGUCCUGGGCAUGCAGGCCAAGACAUCGGUUUGGAAGAUCAUUGCGAGGUUCGAGACGCACGAGCUGCCGACACCGACCAACAAUUUGGAACGCGGUGACGACGUCAAGGCUGAUACCAAGGUGUCACUGAGCGAGAUGUAG